UGCAAACGGGAGCUGCCCGUGUUCCAGCUGCGCUACCCGCCGGCGCAGACCCUGCGCGACUUCCAGCGCCGCCAGCCCUACCAGUACCUGCACUAUGCGCUCUUCAAGUCAAAUAAGAUCGAGAAAGCAGUGUCUGCUGCCCACACCUUCCUGCAGAAAAACCCCAAACAUGAGAUGACCUUGAGGUACCUGAACUACUACAGGACGAUGCUGGAUGUGGAUGAAUACCUGGUUGACCUGGAAGCUCAGCCCUAUGAGCCAAUAUUCGUGCGGUCGGUGAAGCUGUACAACAAUGGGGAUUUCCGGAGCAGCGCAGCCGACAUGGAGCAGGCGCUGGCCGAGUACUACAAGGCGUACGAAGAUUGUCUGGCCGGCUGCGAGGGUGCCUACGAGCUUCAGGAGUUCAAGGACUUCUACCCUGCCAUCGCAGACCACUUUGUGAGCGUGCUGCAGUGCAAGGUGGACUGCGAGACUGAGCUCACUCCCAACGUGGGCGGCUACUUUGUGGAGAAGUUUGUGGCCACCAUGUACCACUACCUGCAGUUCGCUUACUACAAGCUGAAUGACGUGCAGGACGCGGUGCGCAGCGUCUCCAGCUACAUGCUCUUCGACCCGGGUGACACCGUGAUGCAGCAGAACCUGGUCUAUUACCGCUUCCACCGCGAGCGCUGGCGCCUGCGGGACGAGGACUUCGAGCCGCGGCCGGAAGCCAUGCGCUACCACAACCAGACGGCCACUCAGAAGAAGAUGCUGGAAUUUGCCCGGCAGUACCUGCAGGAUGAUGAUGAGAUGGAGGUGGAUGGUGGUGAGGGGCCAGAGCUGCUGGACCUGCCCUCUGAUGGCGAGUUCGAGGGUGAAGGUGACUACGAGGAGGGCUUCUUCGCAGAGUGGUGGCAGGAACCCAAGACCAAAGGAGAUAAAGACGAACAAGAGAUCCUAUGAUGAGCCAGGUGAAGGGGCACCUGGCACCAGCUGAGCUGGAUGGCGGUGGCUCUGUGAUGCCAUCUCGGGGACAUUGGGCUUUGGGCUCCUCCCAGCCACUGGUAGGAGCUCAGACUCAUGGGGAGGGGCUGAUCCUGCCUAGCAUCCUGCAGCAGGGCUGCCUUUGCCACCUGGAUGUCUGCUGCCCUGGCACAGCCCAACUCCCAUCACUGGAACGCCAGCAGCCCUGAACGUCCCUGCCUGCCCAGGGGCCUGGGCCACCCCUGCCCCCAGUGCCCCAGGAGCCUGACCAGCAGUGAUGCCUCACAGCACUGGGGUUUUCUGUGUCCCUCAGCUGCUCCCCAGGAUCUGUGGAUGAUGCACCAGGAUUGACCCCUGUGUUGUCUUGGGGGGCUUAGGGGGCUACCCCUACUUUGGGAGCAGUGCACAAUGCUGCUGGAGCUGGUCAUGCCCCUUCCUGUGGCUCCAUGAGGCUCCUGCUCCUGUUCCUCCAGCCUCCCAGGCACAGCCCAGGUCCCCUUGGAGUCCUCAGCCUGGUUCUACAGGGGACUCCCGCUGUGCCAGGUGCCUGUGUCACCAUGGGACUGCAGCCUUGUCAGGCUGUGGUGCCUGUGCCCUGCCCGUGCCUUGAAUUUUUGCCACACCAGCCCUCUAUAGCCUUAAGCUCCGUUAAUUUAAGAUUUCCCCUCUUGCACAGUUGUUCUUUUUAUAUAUUUACUGGUGCUGAACUUUGAAUAAAAUCCAGACUGGUCUUUUCA